CGUCAGAGUUGUACCAAAGGAAAGCUCAAAAUGAUGCCAGCUUGGCUUUGUUUUUUUUUCUAUCACUCAGCUGCACUGAAGCCUGACGCCUCUGGUAGCCAGUAGUGGAGCAGUGAGAAGCUGGUUUUGUGCUGCGCUUUUACGGGAGAAGCCUGGCUGCAUUAACUCUUACUACAACAAGCACCUAGACAACUCGCACAAAACCCAGUGAUGGAGGUCAGCUCCACAGAAGCCAGCAGCAGCUCCCAGGGAGGCACCGGCUGGCUGGAUCUUACCCUUGUCACCUGUACUGAAACGGUGACUUUCACUGAAGUGGUGAGAGAAGAGGAGUGGGGAUCCUUUUACUAUUCCUUUAAGACAGAGCAGCUGGUGACUCUUUGGAUUCUCUUUAUUGUCACAAUUGCUGGAAAUGCCACCGUGCUCUUCUCUACCUGGAGGAGGAAGCGGAAAUCUCGAAUGACCUACUUUGUUACACAGCUGGCAAUCACAGAUUCAUUCACGGGACUCAUAAACAUAAUGACUGACAUAAUUUGGCGCUACACUGGAGAUUUUAUGGCUCCUGAUAUCGUUUGCAGAAUCGUUCGCUACUUCCAGGUGGUCCUUCUCUAUGCCUCGACUUACGUCCUUGUGUCACUAAGCAUAGACCGGUAUCAUGCCAUAGUUUACCCAAUGAAGUUCUUGCAAGGAGAAAGACAGGCGAAAGUGCUUAUUGGAGUGGCCUGGAGCCUCUCUUUCCUGUUUUCCAUACCAACUCUGAUUAUUUUUGGGAAACGGCAGCUCUCCAACGGAGAAGUGCAGUGCUGGGCUCUCUGGCCUGAUGACUCCUACUGGAUACCCUACAUGACAGUGGUGGCUUUCCUGGUGUAUUUCAUUCCUCUGAUCAUUAUCAGCGUCAUAUAUUCAAUCGUGAUUCGAACCAUCUGGAUGAAGAGCAAAGCUCAGGCUGUCAUCCUAUCCAGCUGUCCUGGUGGCACAACCGCUGCUGGCUGCACCAGUCGUGGGUUCAUAUCAAGGGCAAAAGUGAAAGCGAUCAAGUACAGCAUUGUAAUUAUCCUUGGGAAAGAAGAACUCAAAGGCUGGGAGGGACUUUCCGGGAAAGGAGCGACGGAGGGCAGGAGUUGCAGGUCCUGUCCAAACCAGAAUACAUCUAGCACAGCUGAUGCUCCGCAAAGCCACACUGGAACCUGUACCGAAGACAACAGAGGUCCCCACAAGCCCUGUCAUCGUGAAGUAGAUGGAUACUGACUGGCAAGAGCCUGCAACUUGCUGCUCUUGUGCAUCUUACAGUACAUAUAUUUUGGAUCGGCACUGCAGCUUCAGCAAUCUCACACUGCCAGUGCCAAACUCAGCGCGAGGUUUUUGUCUGCCUCUGUUUUGAGGCUUCAUCUUGGCCCUCUGUUUAAAGCAAGCUGUAAUCUAUGCAUGCUCCAAACAGCAAAAAAAGAAAAAAAAAAAAAAAGUAAAAGGUGUCUAGUCAGAGUCUUCUCUAUUUUCCAGGAGUCGCUAAAAGCCAUCUACUGUACCAUCUGGCUCAUAUAACUGAUAGAGUGUUUACAAGUAAUUACAGAGCGAGGACCCCAGUUAAAAUGAAAGCACAGGCACUUUUCCAAUGAGAACACACUCCUGCCACUCAAUUAUAUAUUAUAUCUGUUUUCAUACAGAACCACUUACAAAGUCAUAGCCAGACAAGAGGGGAAUGAAGGUUUGGGUCACUGCCUGUCACAUCUCCUGGCCUAGCUUCUCAGCUCAUGCCAGCCACACCAUCCCUGUAGCUCUUCUUCCCCAUCCAGUGCGAUAUUUCCCUGCUGUGCUACCUUGGCACAUGAGUGGCACCCCAGGAUCCCAGAAGGGCUCCACAUGACACAUCCAGAUAAUCAUUUAUUUCUGGGCUACUAAGAAAGUGCUUGCCAGCCCCUCCCAGACCCCAUGGUUCAUCCCACGCACAGAUCCUUACAUGCUUCUGUGACAAAGGCCCUGAACAGUCUUUUCAGGGCCCUAUGGGGAGUUGCCAUACAGGGCAUUUUGUCAUUGCAGAUUAAUCUCGCCACCCACACAGCAGCAUUUCCCUACCCCCCACCCUAUGUAAAUCAUCCCUGCCACUUAAAUCAUGCAAGGAACCAUACACAUCUUUGCACAAACUCAGAGCUGGAAAAAGACCCAAGUGAAACCAUAAAACUCAAAUUACAUUUAGAAAAAAUUAGCUGUUGAUGGUCCAGUCUUGUAAACUCAUUGUGAGGCUCAUAGAACACCAUCCGUCAGGCAAAGCUUUGCUGCACAGCACCCAAGAAGUUGGGCAUCCCCUUCCCCCAGCCCUCAGGGCAUCCUCCCACCACACUGUUCUCAAGUUUAAGGAGAAAUUUCUCAUGCAGGUUAAGUGGGUGGGGGAAUGAUAUUAACUCCAAUGCUCAUUUUGCCACAAGGCAGCUUGAAGUGUUUGUGCGAUAAUACACUCUAACCAGCGGUAUGGUAAGUGUAUUUGUUUCCACUCAGUAAAAAAAUUAUUCUUACUUGAGUCAGUUUUAAAACCUUUUUUUAUUAUUAUGAUCCUUUGCAAUGAGUUUGUUCCCUGCAAAACAAGAAUUGAAUAAAAUUUAUUUAUAAUUACCUAUA